CUCGGUUGUUGAUCAGGAUCACAACGCAGUUUCAUUCUUCAAAUCCAAACUUUUAUUUUCAUUUUUAUGCUUUCUCUUGAUCUAGAAGCUGGUAGAUCAGACAGAUCAUCAAAAAUGACUGCUACGUACAAGACUAAUCAACUCCAGUUCUUUUUAUGCUUCUCAGGGAUUUUCGUAUCGUACUUUGUGUACGGAUUGAUACAAGAAAAAAUCACAAGAGUUCCCUAUGGAGAACAAAAGGAGAAAUUUGUGUUUGCUUUGAUCCUUGUAUUUAUGCAGUGUAUUAUUAAUGCUAUUUUUGCAAAGGCAGCAAUAUACUUGACAUAUAAAACAGCUGAGAAAAAGGACAGCACUCCAACAUUAUGGUAUGGAGCAUGUGCAUUCACUUAUCUUGGUGCAAUGUUGGCAAGCAACAAGGCAUUACAGUGGGUCAACUAUCCUACACAGGUUUUAGGAAAAUCAUGCAAACCAAUCCCAGUGAUGAUUCUUGGAGUACUUCUGGCACGAAAGAGAUACCCACUUGCGAAAUACCUUUGUGUUUUCCUCAUUGUAGCAGGAGUCGCCUUGUUCAUGUACAAAGAUAAACCAAAUACUGUUGUGGAAAAUGCCAAUUCAACCUUGCUUGGACUUGGGGAAAUAUUAUUGCUGUUAUCACUUACCUUUGAUGGUCUAACAGGUGCAAUACAGGAUCGUAUGAGAGCUGAAUAUCACGUACAAUCACAUCAUAUGAUGUUCAAUAUGAACCUUUGGUCCAUUGGAAUACUUGGAUUCAGCAUAGUAACAACAGGCGAGCUGUUCCAGUUUAUAUCAUUUUGUGAAAGAUACCCUCAUGUCUUGUAUUAUAUGCUUGCAUUCAGUCUCACAAGCGCAAUUGGACAGAACUUCAUCUUCAUGACAGUAGCCAAUUUUGGCCCAUUAUCCUGCUCCAUUGUCACUACAACCAGRAAGUUCUUCACAAUCCUUGGAUCUGUCUUACUGUUUGGUAACCUGUUAACGACGAGACAGUGGGUUGGAGUUGUCAGUGUCUUUGUUGGUCUUGGAGCUGACAGCAUUUACGGAAAAACAAAAAAACAUUAAAAUAUGGAAAGUCAGAUAUAGAGGAUAUUACAUGGGCGCGCGGAGAUACGAAAUUAAUCUUCGAGUGUUGAAAAGAUCUCUCACAAGUGAGCGCAGCGAA